CAAUCGGUAAACAUGUCGAAUUUCAAUCGGAUCUUGAGUGGCAGCAUUGUGAUCUGCUUGGCACUCGCCAAAUUCAGUUCGGUGGACGCCCAGGCCGGAACGGUGCACUGGAACAACGGGAAUGCGGCUGGAGUGGGCGCCUGGUCGAACGCUCAGUCGGGCGGAAUGCAUCCGCCGGGCAGUCUGAGCGGGCAGGAUCCGCAGUACAGCUACGGGUACGCCGGAAUCGAUUCGCGGGGCUCCUACGGCGGGGCGGGGGGCAACGGAGCGUACUACGUCGGCGGCACAGAUGAGCACGGCCGACCCUUCUCCUACGGCAGCCAAACCGGACAGCCCGGGCAGCCCGGCUACAUGGGCGGUCGGCCGGAUCCCAACUAUCCCGGGACUUACGGCUAUCAGAACGCGGCAGCGGUCAUUAGCACCUCGGUGGGCGCGACCUUGGCAAUUGCACUGGCCUUAACGGUGGCCACCACGCGACUAUAAUGCGGUUGCAGCGCGGGAAAUGUUUAUUGUGUGUAGCGUUUUUUUUUACUUUAUUUCUAAGCUUAGAUUAUGUCAAAUGUUCGAAUAUGUAAAUUUUUUUAAAUUAAAAAAAAACUGAUUAUCAAGUCAA